AUGCGCACCGUCGCUCUCGCCACCACCAUGGGCCUGGCUGCCCAGGCCCUGUCCGUGGCCAACAACCUCGCCACCGUCGACGACAACCGCGCCGUCGACCUCCCCGGCCUCCUGCGCUUCCCUGUCGAGGGCAGCCGCAUGUCCCAGAGCCGCGGCGCCGCCAGCCGCCGCCGCCAGGCCUCGGCCGACCUGCUCAACGCGGAGCAGGGCACGCAGUACCUCAUCUCCCUCAGCAUGGGCACCCCGGCGCAGGACGUCAAGGUCGCCUUCGACACGGGCUCCAACGAGCUCUGGGUGAACCCGGACUGCAGCAAGGCCGGCAGCUCCGACAGCCAAAAGUUCUGCCAGGGCCUCGGCAGCUACUCCACCAGCUCCAGCACCGCCGUCAAGCUCGGCACCCAGGGCGGCGUCACCUACGGCAAGGGCCAGGUCAAGUUUGACUACGUCAAGGACUCCGUCGGCCUCGGCGGCAGCGCCAAGAUCACCAACCAGACCUUUGGCGUCGCCUACUCGAGCUCGGACCUCUCCGGGGGCAUCCUCGGCGCGGGUCCGGACCUGCACGGCUUCGACAAGGCGCCCUACCCGAUGGUCGUCGACUCGCUCGCGCAGCAGGGCGUCAUCAACGCGCGCGCCUUCUCGGUGGACCUGCGCUCCGUCGACAACCCGCGCGGCGCGGUCAUCUUUGGCGGCGCCGACACCAAAAAGUUCUCCGGCACGCUGAGCAAGAGCCCGAUCGUGGUGCCCGGCCCGGACGGCGCCGUGCGCUACUGGAUCACCAUGGACGGCGUCGCGGUCAACGCGCCGGACGGCAGCGUCAAGCAGGGCCUGGCCGACGGCGCCACGCUGGACAUCUUCCCGGACACGGGCGCCACGCUGGGCCACCUGCCGUCGGACGUGGUCAACGCGAUCGCGGCCGGCUUCCCCGGGGCCAAGUGGGUGGCCUCGGACAAGCUGCACACGGUGCCGUGCGAGCUGCGCAAGCAGGACAAGACGGUCGACUUCAAGUUUGGCGGCGCCGUCAUCAAGGUGCCGUUCAGCGACUUCAUCUGGCAGGCGGGCACGGACGAGUGCAUCCUGGGUGUCGUGCCCACGUCGGGCAAGACGUGGUCGCUGGGCGACUCGUUCCUGCGCGCGGCGUACGUCGUCUUCGACCAGGACAACAAGAACCUCUGGCUCGCGCAGGCCGCCGACUGCGGAACCAACCUGGUUGCCUUUGGUAAGGGCUCUGACGCCGUCACGGCUCUGCAGGGCGACUGCGGCAACUCCUCACCCAAGGGCACUGCUUCUUCGUCCACCACCACCACCAGCACCGCUGCUCCCACCACCACGCCCACGAGCAAGCCGACUUCCUCUGUCCGUCCCGCCACUAGCUCUUCUUCUGUGACCACGUCCAGCAGCAAGCCUACCUCUUCUCCAGCAGCAAGCCUACCUCUUUCGGUCCCUGCCAGCAGCUCCUCUGUCGCCUCUUCCAGCAGCAAGCCGGCCUCUUCCGCUGCCCCGAGCUCCUCCGCGGCUACCUCUAGCGGAAAGCCUACCUCCAGUGUCCAUCGCAACUCGACCACCCCCUGCACCGGCCGCCCUACCUCGUCCAUCCGCCGCAGUAGCUCCAGCAUCCGCACUUCCGUCGUUCCCACCGGCACCGGCGUCCACACCUCCUCUGCCCUCCCCGGCACCGGCUCCGCGCACCCCACCGGCACCGGCUCCGCGCGUCCCACCGGCACCGGCAGCACCAGCGUCCCCUGGGGCAACACCACGACCAGCACCGCUCCCGCCACCACGACCAGCGCCCCCGCCACCAGCGACGCCUGGCCGACCUUCACGUUCCCCUACAUCACCCUCACCACCUCCACCAUCACCUCGUGCCCGCCCGUCGUGACCGACUGCCCCGUCGGCCGCGUCACCACCGAGAUCAUCACCACCUACACCACAUGGUGCCCCGGCGACGACUUCACCGGCAUCCCCUUCCCGCCCCAGCCCACCGUCGGCGGCCAGCACGAGAGCAAGUGCAACGGUGUCGACUGCAAGCUGGGCGAGCUGGCCAACUUGGCCCAGGUGGCCGGCUCGUCCUCCGACGCGCCGGCGACGACGACGACCGGUGUUGCCUCCGAGGCCAAGCCCUCCGGCGCCACCAAGGUGACCACCGCGCCGGCUGAGAGCAAGCCUACCGGUGGUAGCACCGCCACCAGCGUCAAGCCCACCACCACCGGCCUCUCCACCGCCACCAAGCCCAGCACCGGACUCACCAGCAAGCCUACCGGCCCUGGCCCGGUCGUCACCGCCGCCGCCUCCGGCGUGUUCCGUGUCUCUGGCGUCGCCGUCGUCGCUGCCGCCCUUGCCGCCCUCAUGCUGUGA